AUGGAGUGCUGUGUCGUAGUUGAAGCCACCAGCAGAUGCAAGGCAGGACUUUUGUUGCUCCUGCGUGGGGUGGCCCAUGCUCAAGAACAGACCUCCCAUCCUGAAAGAAUGUUUGGGGCGCUCUCGUCCAGGCUCCAGAACCUGUCGGAUGGAACCUUCCUCUCCCCCCGACGGAUCCGAGAUCUCAUCUCCUCACCAACCCCACAUCGCCGCCGCCGCCACUGCCGCCUCCACCUCCACUAUCCACUGGGCGGAACGGCUGCCGGCUCGCUGAUGCUACUCCAGUCGACGUUGCCGGCUUUCCCUGUCUGCUCCAAUGACGAGGCCGUGGAGGUUGUGCUCAUGGGCGACCAGGCGAAGGCCGAGGAUGGGCUCCUGCAGGUGAUCAGGCGUACAGCGAUGGGCUCGGCGGCGUCCAGGUGGGAUGCUUCCUGCGCAGGUAUCCAGCAAGGAGACCUCAAACGAGCUCCCAGUAGUGCUGAUGGCGACGACAUUGCUGUCCUCAUCACCAUCUCAACCACCCAGCAUCCCUCCAGAUCGAAGAUGUUAAGGACGCCUCAACGCAUGCGCUGCAGCCCUGGCCCAGACCUUGUCAAAGAUGGAAUUGAAGUCCAGAAGGAUGGAGCUGGAAGAUUCCUAAUUCUCUAUGGUGUGAGCAACAACCUUUAA